AGUAGCAGUGCCGCAAAAAACAGACGCAACACCGGCGCAGCAAGCGCAGGGCUCAUCAGUAGCCACAUCGGUCAUAGCUGCGCCGGUGCUGAUAUUUGCGCAACGUUUGGUGCACCAGCAGUGCCACAAAAGGGAGAGCAGCAAGCAUGCUCCUCCUGCAGCACCUAUUACGCCGCGCACCGGCAGCCGCCGCGUGCACGGUCCUCACCGCAUCGUAUACGCAAGCGAGGGCGCAACAAGCACCGCUGCAGUGCGACGACGGUCUAGAGGAAGAUGACGACGAUAAAUUUGAGGGCCCGCGCCGCCACACGCUCGCGGACCCGAACCGCUACGACUCGAUAGUGAUUGGCUGCGGCGUGAGCGGCACGGCGGCCGUCGAGGCGGUCGCGAAGCACGCUGAUAGAGGACACCGGUGUCUCGUGCUCGAGUCGGACGCGUUCGCGGUGCGACGGUGCGAGGCGCUCAGUGCGGAGGUCGGGUCGGACAUUAUCGAUUGCGUGCGAGCGCGGGCGGAGUCGCUGAACCCUUUACUGAGGCAAGUGCGCACGACGCACGGCGACGAGUACUCCUACGCGAAGAAAUGCCUCGUGGCCACCGGCGCGGCCGCCGCGGUCCCGCCGCCCGGUUUUGUAGAUGAACUAUGUGUCGAAUCCGUGAGAUGUCUGGGCCACGGCGAGGCGGCGGACGCCGCGGCCGUGCGGGACGCCUUUUCGGUUGCGAAAAGAGGUGGUAAAGUAUGUGUCGUGGGCGGUUCCUGGCAGGCCGUCGCGCUCGCGGCGGCCGUCGCGCGGGCGGCGCCGGCGGAGACGGCCGGGGAGUCCGCAUCUCUCGUAUUUCCCGAGGCGACGCCCAUCGGCGCUCGGUUACCGAAGGACCUGGGCAAGAAGCUCCGAAAACGUCUCGAAAAAAGGGGCGUCACGGUCAUUGCAUUGCACCAAAUCCGCUACGUCGGUCCGAACGAAGACAAUCGCAAGGCCUCGCAUGCCGUCUAUCUCGCGCGGGCCGACGACGCCAUGAGGACGUCGAGAUGUUCAGCAGACUUGGUGGUUGUGGCCGGUGGUGAACAUGUACAACAAGUACAAGUGUCGGCGCGCGACGCGCGGAGCGCUCCUCGAGGUUCCACCGCUUUGGAAGUCGUGAAAGCGACGAGACUCGACGACGCGACGCGACGGCGGCCCAUCUUUGUCAACGAGGAGCUGUCUGCAGGAGCAUCAGUAUUAGCGUGCGGCGACGCGGCGGCGACGCCCUGCCGGCUGGAAACCACAACAUCAGCGUUAGUGAACACCACAACACACGGCCAGCGCGGCGCUGUGAUUGCGGUGGAGACGGGCACGCCGCACGCCGUCGGCACGGGGAAUGCUGCGGGACGCGUUUUAGCUACUGGUGAUGGAUCAUCAGCAGCAAAAGUCUUAGCUGGGUUAACUCCGACCCUCGCCGCGGACAUGCGCUCGACGUUAGGCUGGCACGUGGGUUUUGUGGGGAAAUGCGACGCCGCGCUCGAGGCGCACGUCUUCUCCAGCAAAAGUGUGGACGUGGCGAUCUACGUGGAGAAGACGGAUCUCGGCACUGGGGCCUUUCGAAGGGUGCCCAUGGGCGUGGUGGUGGUCGCGAAGAAUCGGGAUUUAGAUGCCGCGGCGGCGGCCGACGCCGCGGCCGUCGGGCUGCGGGCGCAUAUGGAACCGCCAGCUCCGGACGAGCACGCCGACGCGACCUACAGGAAUGACGUCGACUUCUUACGCGGGUUGGCAGCGGCCGUCGCGGCGGCGGCGGGCACCGACGACUUCUCUUUGAAACAUAGCCAGGUUAUAUCAAGAGCUGAUAGACUCGGGCCGCGCUACUGGGACGGCCAGGGCGCGGCGGACACGGCCCUAUUUUCGCGGGGCGGCAAGACGGAGAUGCGGUCCAAGCGCGUCGCCGGCGCCUUUUCGGCGCAGAUGGGCAAGGGCGCCGCGAAGGAACUGGAUGAUCGGCGGAAGGCCCAGGCGGCGCUUGAGGCGGGGAUGGGACGCCUCGUUGCGGCCGCCAAGGGCGACGCCUCUUAACUUUAAGUUUG